AUGGACGCGGACGAGCAGGCCUUACAGGCCGCCGCCGCAGCCACCCCGGCCGUCAACGGGCGCGCAGAGCUGAGCCGUCUGACCGCCGCUGGCGCACAUGGGCAGGCCCUGCAGACUGCCGCCGCCGCUGGCCUCUGGCCAUCAAGCGCUGGCGAGAGCCCCUCCGGCCGUGGCCUCCUUGUUCCCGUUCUUCUCUCAGAGAAGCAAACUUCUUAUCUCUUCUUCCUAAGGCUUCGUUCGGUCAGCCGAUAUUACGGGAGGAAGUAUUCCGGAUAUAAAAAUCUUAUAUAA